CACGUGGCUGGUGGCUCUCAACCGCCCAACAACAGUAUUGAAAAGGGGAAAAAGGAUCCGGUACCUGUAAGAGAACACGAUUGCUUCACGCGCGGUCGUAUUGAACUUGUGGCGGGGCGGCGCAACUGGAAGCUCGCCUUUCUGGUCGCCGUGAACCGCUGAAAAUGGCCGGAAGUGUCGUGAUACUAUUCGACUUCGAUAGGACGUUGAUCGAGGACGACAGCGAUAGAUGGGUUAUAACAAAUUUGGGUCUGAACGAAUUGUUCCAUCAGUUACUACACGCAUUACCAUGGAACUCUCUCAUGGAUAGGAUGUUGGAGGAGCUAUACACUCAAGGGAAAACUGUCGAUGACAUUGUUGAGUGUUUAAAAGGGAUUCCUUUGAAUCCCCAUGUCAUUGCAGUUAUAAAAUCAGCUCAUGCUCUUGGCUGUGACUUGAAGGUGGUCAGUGACUCGAAUCUGUUUUACAUCAAAACUAUUUUGGAGCAUAAUGGAGUGUACAACUGUUUCUCAGAGAUCACCACAAAUCCUGCUCUUGUUGAUGGUGGAAGGCUUAGGAUUUUUCCUUACCAUGAUGCAGCUUCAUCUCAUGGUUGUGAUCUCUGCCCUCCCAACUUAUGCAAGGGCCGUGUAAUCCAGCAGAUCCGGAGUUCUAUUUCUGAAAAUGAGAGCAAAAAGAUAAUAUACGUUGGGGAUGGAAUGAAUGACUUCUGUCCAACUCUGAAGCUUGUGGCAGGAGACUGCGUUAUGCCAAGGAAGAACUUUCCUUUAUGGGGUCGCAUUUGGAAAAAUUUCCAACUCGUCAAAGCCAUAGUUUAUGAGUGGGACGACAGUGAAGAUCUCGCCCGGAUCCUACUCGAACUUAUUAACAGCAAGUCCAUUGAAGACUAGAUAAGCCUCUCAACCACUCAAUCCUAGUCAUUAGGUGUAACACAGAUGCAAGGCCGGCAGCCACCCAUGAAUCUCUCUGUUCCUCAGCGUCUCGUCUUGACAAAUGGUGCAAAAGAAGAGAGAGUUGCAUGUAUAUUGUUUCUCCAAAUCGAAGGCAUCAAGAUUAAGGGACGAAUCAAAAUUCAAAGCAAAGUCUUGUAGGUAACUUCUGUUUGCUAAACUGGAUUCUCUGUUGAGGGAAACAUUGGAUACCUCUCGGUGGAAACUUAUUGGCUUUCGGCCUAAGAAGCUCUACUACGGUUAUAGAUAAGGUUUCAUGUGCAUCAUAGUGUAUAAGUAACCAUUACUAAGAGCGUGUUUGGGCUAAAUUUGCUUAAAAUA